ACCAGUUUCUCACGGUUUGGUAGUAUGAUGACGUCAUCUACGCAAUUUCAAGAUGGCGGCUGCAAGGUGCCGGUUUCAUGCGCCGUGUUUAGGAAAUAAAUUACUGGAUUUGGCGCGAAGUUCAAGAUGCCUUACAACAUUAGCAAGGCCCAAGAUUGUAGACUCUUCUCAGAAGCCCAGUAGUAUAACCAAGGGGCCACUUAGAGACUAUGAUGAACUGGUUGAGAGUGGGCAGCUGAGUAUUGACAAGCACCAGCGGCAGAUAGUGGAAAAACUACAAGGUCUUUACAAUGACGUUAGAAACUAUCAUCCUGACAAUGGGUCAGGAGGAAUAAUAAGUAAAAUUUUUAGUCUCAACAAAGCAGCAAAAGUGCCGAAAGGGUUAUAUUUAUAUGGCAGCGUAGGUUGUGGUAAAACCAUGUUGAUGGAUCUAUUCUAUGAUGCUGUGCCAAUCCAGAAAAAAGUUAGAGUUCACUUCAAUUCUUUUAUGCUGAAUGUACAUUCUCAAAUUCACAAGCUAAAGAAGGCCCUGCCACCUCGAGAUCCGUUGUCUGUCCGGUCCCAGCCUUUCGACCCGAUCCCACCUGUUGCUGAAGAAAUCAGCUUAAAGUCCUGGCUGCUGUGCUUUGAUGAAUUCCAGGUAACAGAUAUUGCAGACGCUAUGAUCCUAAGAAGACUCUUCACGGCCCUGUUUGACAAAGGUGUUGUGGUGAUUGCUACAUCUAAUAGGCAUCCUGAUGAUUUGUACAAGAAUGGGCUACAAAGAAGUAACUUUGUCCCUUUCAUCCCUAUUUUAAAGAAAAAUUGUACUGUACUAUGCUUGGAUUCGGGAAUCGAUUAUCGAUUAAGAGAUAUUCAGUAUGUUGGAAAGGUUUAUUUUAGCUCACAUGACCCUCGCACCAAUAAAGAGUUGGACGGGAUUUUCCGCAACCUCACCGACUACGAGGAAGACACGUGCAAAACACGUGCCCGGGAUAUCCCGGUACUUGGUGGAGCACGCACAUUGCACGCGCCUAGAACGUGCGACCUAGUGGCGGAUUUUACAUUCGAAGAGCUUUGUGCUAGGCCUUUGGGUGCUGCGGACUACCUUGCGUUAUGCAAACACUUUGACGUCAUCUUCAUACGGGACAUCCCGCAGAUGACGCUGUACAAGAAGACCGAGGCGCGCCGAUUUAUCACACUUAUCGACACGCUGUACGAUAAUAGGGUACGGUUGGUUUGUUCGGCUGAGGCGUCGCCCUCGGACUUGUUCCAAGCGUCACCUUUAUCGACCAAGGACCUGGAAUUUCAGAGAAUGCUAAUGGACGACCUAUCAUUGUCAUCGGAUAGCGCGGAUAACAGCAAGGCUAGCAUUUUCACUGCUGAAGAAGAGAUCUUCGCCUUCGAGAGGACGGUAUCCCGGAUCACAGAGAUGCAGACCGAGCAGUACUGGACCUCAGGAGUUAAACCCCAGGAGAAUGGGUCUAGCUAAGACCGAGCUACUGUCGACGACUAGCCGAGAAUACAGCGACGUACUCCGAUAUAUAGUCGAGACAUCUUCGUGGUUAAUGUUAAUUAUAUUUUUAACUGGUAUAAGUGAAUUUUUAUUAAAAUCAAAUACCAUUUCCACAAGAGGAAUUUGGGAAAUUAUUUAUUGUAUUAUUGGCAUAAAUAUGUACAUUUCGAUUUCAUGGCUAGAAGGUCAGGACAAUCUGACAAAUUUUUACACUUAAAAAAAAAUAAAUAAAUAUUCAAAAUAGAUAAAAAGAA